AAUUGUAUUUAUUUAUUUUUUAUUUAACGUAUUUUAAAAAUGAUUCAUCUAUUUUAAAUUUCAUUGUGAUAUAAGUAAAUCAAAGAAAAGUGGGAUAACGUGAACAGAGACAUAAAAAAUAAAUAAAUUAUGUGCACAGAAGGAACAGAGUCCAGAGUCCUCUGGGUAUUUGUAGAGCAGAUUAUUUUAUCUGUUUUGAUAAAACAUUUUAGUUUUAGUUUUUCCACUUUUGCUGUCCAGCUGUAUAAAAGUAAGUUUUGUUACAAAAAUCCCUCUGAUUCCCAUAUAGAGUCUCUGAAUUAAUUGGCCAGUUCUACUCUUACUCUGCUCUCUGUUGGUAUAAUUUCUAAUUGCAGUAAUUAUGCAGGUUUAAUGAUGUCAUCCAACCUCCUCCUUUGGGGCGGAGCUGUGCUGUUAUGCUCCAUGGCUUCGCCCAUCGUAUGUUUCUCCCAUGGAGCGAGUCUCACUUCCUGUCAGGAGAUGAUUCCUGGACACAUCCGCGCUCAUCCCCUGGACCCGAAGCACAGCUUCAUCACCUUACACACCUCAUCAUCCUCAUACCUGCCUGGGCAGUUAAUAACAGUGUCUGUACGAAGCUCCAGAGACUUCAUGGGUUUCCUGCUCCAGGCCCGCAGUGUUGGUGGGGAAAGGAAUGGGUUUGGAGAAGGUCCUGGUAUCAGGACAGAGAGACUUGGUCCACUUCUGGUGGGCGGCUCCUGGAUUCGAUCUCCACCAGGUACCCACACAUUACGCUGCCUGUUUGAAGGCGACACGGUCACACACUCGGACAAACAGCUAAAGAGGAACCUGUCGUUUGUAUGGAGAGCUCCUGACAUGCCAAAGGGAGACAUGCGCUUCCACAUAACUGUGGUACAAUCCUACUUCGUGUACUGGACUGGUAUCGAGUCUGCAGUGGUGUGUGAUCGGAGUCCCAGUGCUUGGAGACGCAGUAAAACCAAAAUGGCGGAUGGAGCAAGCACAAUUGUUGCUGUGCAAGAGACAGUUACUACCCAGACAGGUCGGCAUUCUGUGCUCAUUACUAGCUAAAAACAGUGAAAAAUUAAAGUUAAGAAAAUGA